AUGGAUUAUAAAUCUAGUCUGAUUCCGGAUGGAAAUGCCAUGGAGAACCUGGAGAAGCAGCUGAUCUGCCCCAUCUGCCUGGAGAUGUUUACCAAGCCUGUGGUCAUCCUACCCUGCCAGCACAACCUCUGCCGGAAGUGUGCCAACGACAUCUUCCAGGCUGCGAAUCCCUACUGGACCAACCGCGGUGGCUCGGUGUCCAUGUCGGGAGGUCGUUUCCGCUGCCCCUCGUGCCGUCAUGAGGUGAUCAUGGACCGGCAUGGGGUGUAUGGCCUACAGAGGAAUCUGCUGGUGGAGAACAUCAUUGACAUCUACAAGCAGGAGUGCUCCAGUCGGCCCCUGCAGAAAGGCAACCAUCCGAUGUGCAAGGAGCAUGAAGACGAGAAAAUCAACAUCUACUGCCUCACGUGUGAGGUGCCUACAUGCUCCUUGUGCAAGGUGUUCGGGGCCCACCAGGCCUGUGAGGUAGCCCCGCUGCAAAACAUCUUCCAGGGACAGAAGACUGAACUGAGUAACUGCAUCUCCAUGCUGGUGGCAGGGAACGACCGAGUGCAGACUAUCAUUUCUCAGCUGGAGGACUCCUGCCGAGUGACCAAGGAGAACAGCCACCAGGUGAAGGAGGAGCUGAGCCAGAAGUUUGACGCCCUCUAUGCCAUCUUGGACGAGAAGAAGAGCGAGUUGCUGCAGAGGAUCACGCAGGAGCAGGAGGAGAAGCUGGGCUUCAUCGAGGCCCUGAUCCUCCAGUACCGCGAGCAGCUGGAAAAGUCCACCAAACUUGUGGAAACAGCCAUUCAGUCCCUGGACGAGCCUGGAGGGGCCACCUUCCUCUUGAGUGCCAAGCAACUCAUCAAAAGCAUUGUGGAAGCAUCCAAGGGCUGCCAGCUGGGGAAGACAGAGCAGGGCUUUGAAAGCAUGGACUACUUCACUGUGGACCUAGAACACAUAGCAGAAGCCCUGAGGGCCAUCGACUUUGGGACAGAUGAGGACGAGGAGGAGUUUAUUGAAGACGAGGAGGAUCAGGAAGAGGGCGUGCCCACAGAGGGGAAAGAAGGACACCAGUGAGGAGCUGGAUGAGUAGACACCCUCUG